AAGGGUUUCUUCCGGGUUCACGUUUCACAAUCACUUUUUGCGCUUCUCUCACUCACUCACUCUUCUUCUUCCUCUUCGUGUGGUUUUCUUUCUCGAACUCGAACGAAGAUGCGUGAGAUUCUUCACAUCCAGGGAGGGCAAUGCGGGAACCAGAUCGGAGCCAAGUUCUGGGAGGUGGUGUGCGCGGAGCACGGGAUCGAUUCAACGGGGAGGUACCAAGGGGACAACGAGUUGCAACUCGAGCGAGUCAACGUCUACUACAAUGAAGCGAGUUGCGGAAGGUUCGUGCCUAGGGCGGUGCUCAUGGAUCUGGAGCCAGGGACCAUGGACAGCGUCAGAUCUGGUCCCUACGGUCAGAUUUUCCGGCCAGAUAACUUCGUCUUUGGACAGUCCGGCGCCGGAAACAACUGGGCCAAAGGUCACUACACCGAAGGCGCUGAGUUGAUUGACUCCGUUCUCGACGUUGUCAGGAAGGAGGCAGAAAACUGUGACUGCCUUCAAGGGUUUCAGGUUUGCCACUCUCUCGGUGGUGGAACUGGUUCUGGAAUGGGAACACUGUUGAUCUCAAAGAUCAGGGAAGAAUACCCUGACCGAAUGAUGCUCACAUUCUCUGUGUUCCCAUCCCCUAAGGUUUCUGACACUGUUGUUGAGCCUUACAAUGCAACCCUAUCAGUGCACCAGCUCGUUGAGAAUGCAGAUGAAUGCAUGGUUUUGGAUAACGAAGCUCUCUAUGACAUCUGCUUCCGCACGCUUAAGCUCACCACUCCAAGCUUUGGGGAUCUGAACCAUCUAAUUUCAGCCACCAUGAGUGGUGUGACAUGUUGUCUUCGUUUCCCUGGGCAACUCAACUCAGAUCUUCGCAAACUUGCUGUGAAUCUCAUUCCCUUCCCUCGUCUGCACUUUUUCAUGGUGGGUUUUGCCCCACUCACAUCUCGUGGUUCCCAACAGUACAGAGCUCUUACUGUACCCGAAUUGACCCAACAAAUGUGGGAUGCUAAGAACAUGAUGUGUGCAGCUGAUCCUCGCCAUGGUCGAUACUUGACAGCUUCUGCGAUGUUCCGUGGUAAGAUGAGCACAAAGGAGGUUGACGAACAGAUGAUCAAUGUUCAGAACAAGAACUCAUCAUACUUUGUGGAAUGGAUCCCCAACAAUGUGAAAUCCACUGUCUGUGAUAUCCCUCCAACUGGUUUGAAAAUGGCAUCAACCUUCAUUGGCAACUCUACCUCUAUUCAAGAAAUGUUCAGGAGGGUGAGUGAGCAAUUCACAGCUAUGUUCCGCAGAAAGGCCUUCUUGCAUUGGUACACUGGAGAAGGUAUGGAUGAAAUGGAGUUUACUGAAGCUGAGAGCAACAUGAAUGACCUUGUGUCCGAGUACCAGCAAUACCAAGAUGCAACUGCUGAUGAUGAGGGCUAUGAGUAUGAAGAUGAGGAAGAACCUCAGGAAGAUGAGGUUUAAAACAAUAGUAGUGAUUUGCAGGGUGUUCUUGUUUGUGUUUUGUUGUGAUACUCUGUUAAUGUUGUGUUUUUUUCAUCCCUUGACCUGAAUAUCUUUUUCGGGAUUUUGGAUUGUUUUGGGGCACUCUGUGUCUGUCUUCGUGGCUGGAUUUCGUAGUGUUUAGGGAUUUUAUUUUUCUGCUUGUUUUCAUUAUUGUUAACAUGGUGCCCUCUGAUUGAAACGUAGUUGAUAUAUUCUUAUUAACUAUUUGGAUAUCAUUCUUCAUGUCAAGGGGUUUGAUCCUUGCACCACAA